AUGGUACGAGGAUGCUUCUGUGACUGCUUUGGUCCAAUGGUUCGAGCACGAGCUGCAAGUAUCGACAAGCCUCUCGACCCUGAAGAUGUGAAGAAAUGUCUACAGAAGUAUCGCGCCUACGAGGCACGGCAGGAGAUGUUGGUGUCUGAGCAGCAACAUCCAUUGAUACCAACCAUCAGCAGUUCGUGUGCUGCUCCUUACGACAAUACCAUAUUGCCGACUGCUCCUCCCUUAAAUCUCUCCUACCGGCCACCAUCUCCACCACCGUCGUAUAGUUCAGUGGCGGGUAACGGAGAUCACUCUCCAUCUACAGGACAUUCACGUCUGUAA